AUGGGAAAUACACACAGUUCACCAACAAAUCGUUCCAUACUUCAAAUAAAAUAUCAAAGUAUUGAACAACUUGAGAAUGAGCUGAACCAAAAAGAUAUUAAAGGUGUAACUGUAUUUAUUGGAAUUGACUAUACGUCGAGCAAUGUUGAAUCGGGAAAAAGAACUUAUGGAGGAAAAAAUCUUCAUUUGAUAAGUGAAGGAUUAAAUCCAUAUCAAGAAGUGAUUUCUAUCAUUUCAAAAUAUUUCAAAAAGUAUACUAAAGAGAUUUAUUUGUACUCAUUCGGUGAUUCUAUAUCACGAGGGACCUCAACAUGUAAUAUGAACCAGAAAGGUGAAUCAUUCCAGACUUAUGAAGAAGUUCUAGAAACAUACAAAAUUACAACUCCUUUAGUUACAUUAUCUGGACCAACUAACAUCUCGCCAUUAAUUGAAAAAGCAAUUGAAAAAAAAAAUCAAACACAAAACAAAACUGUCGUCAUUUUAUUAUGUGAUGGACAAGUAACUGAUAAUAAGACUACAAUUAAAACUAUUAAAAAGGCAUCUGGAAGUGGGAUUGAAGUUAUCUGUAUUGGAAUCGGAGAUGGGCCAUUCGAGACAUUUAGAAAUGAAAUUACUGAAAACAGUCAAAAUUUCCAUUUUAUUGAAUAUUCAACUCUAAGUGAAAUGUUCAAAGAAGAAAAAGAAGAGAAAAUGGGAAUUGCUACAUUGCAGUAUUUGGUCAAUUUACAAAACUAA